AUGAAAAACAGUCAUUCGGUAGUCGGAGCGUGGGCGUGGGAGAUCUUGUCCGUCCUCGGCUCCACCUUGUGUCUUGCAGCACUGGUAGGGAUUCUGUUUGCCUACGACGGCAAACCGAUCUUCACCUGGCACGGGGUCACACUGAAUUCCAUCGUUUCCGUUCUAUCAACCGCUAGCAAGGCCGCGUUGCUCUUCGCUGUUGGGGAGCUGGUCAGCCAAUGGAAAUGGAUCCUCUUCACGGACCGAGCGAGGCCAUUGAUAGAUUUUGAACAGAUCGAUUCUGCCAGUCGGGGCUUGCUUGGCAGUUUGCAAUUGAUGUGGCAAUGCAAGAAUGCUUGGAUCCUUCGGCUAGGCGCUCUCGUUAUCCUGCUUGAUGUCGCUGUUGACCCCUUCUCGCAACAGCUAGUCCAAUUGAGGCCGGAUCUUGUUUACUACGAAGACCGCGAGACUGUCUUAUCGAGUGCAGGCCGCUAUUCUAAGGGAAGCUGGUUUCGUCAGCAGCUGGCACGCCUCGAUCCUUCCGAAAUGGACCCCAACACGACCGAGGUCACAGCCGAUGCAGACUUCUCGAUACAGUCAGCUAUACUUUUUGGGCUCGACCAACCCCUGAAGAAUGUGAUCCAGCAAGGCGCUUUCAACUGUCCCACUGGAAAUUGCACAUGGCCAGCGUAUGAGUCUCUCGCCAUUUGCAACAGCUGUGUCGAUAUCAGUGAUAAGGUGGAGCGCCAAACCACAAAUAUUGGUUUAUACGCGUACCUCGAGGAUGACAAUGGAGCAGCGGCUGUUAAGUACGGUGGUAACACGGCUUUCCGGCUGCCAAACGGUCUCUUCAUCGAGAACGACAAUGGCUGGGUAUACAACGAGGACAUAAACGAAGGAGCAAACGAUGAUAUCUUCGGUGCCGUUAUGAUGACAACCUUCGGAUCGGGUAACUCCAGCAAGACAGUCAGCAUGCAGGGUAUCGACACUCUGAUCUGGGCAAUGUCUAUGAUUCGAGUCACAGAGGAUCCGAACAACUCAUCCGCAGCCUGGCCAGACCUGCCACAUGCUGCUAUGGAGUGCGCACUCUAUUACUGCGUCAACAGCUACAGCACGGUGGUGAAGGAUGGACUCUUGCAGGAUGAUGUGACACAGGUCCGGGAGGCCCUUCGUUCCGCGGAUUCAUGGGAACCGGAAACGCUGUCAGGGCCUCUCAGGGAGGAGGUUCGUCAAAGCAUAGAGUUCAGCGAUUACUGGUCGGCGAUCAAGCGUACGGACCUGAGCCUGGUAUCGCCGGGGAACAGCAACACUCAAUACAACAUUUCGCAAUCGGCAGUGAACGGCGUCGGGUCUUAUUUCAGGAGCACGUUCGCCACCGACCUCCAUCAAUUCGUCAUGCCCGACGACAACACAACUAAAUGGCAGCUGAACGGGUUUUACAUGACCACAGGCCAGGUGCAGUACAGCCCGAGCACGAUGCAGGUGCUGUUCUCGACUGAAGACCUGAACGAGACCUUCACCAGCCUGGCCACGAGCAUGAGCAACGCACUGCGCGACGGCUCCGACGCGAGCUUUAACGGGGCCAGCAGGGAGCUCGUCGGCGAGAAGGGCGUGCUCACGACGUUCUACGAGAUCCAGUGGCCGUGGAUCUCGCUGCACUGCGCAAGCCUCCUGCUGGGCGUCACGUUCUUCGUGCUCACGCUCGUGCGGAACCGGUCGGCUCCGGCGUGGAAGUCGAGCAGCUUGGCUGUGAUGGCGCGGGGCCACCAGGUCCAGGAUGUCGUGCAUGGUGUGGAGUAUGUCAAGCAGAUGGAGGGGAGGGCCAAGACGAUGCGGGUGACGCUGAUUGAGAAGCCGAUGAAGGAUGAUCAGGUCCAGUAUGACCCCUUGCAAACUCCAUAUGGCGAGCUUUGGCCGAGUGACCUCGGAGCGGACGUUGGUUCCAGUCCCGCGCAACAACGCUUGUGGAGAGCCAGGUUGCUUCCUUUCAACACUGGGAUACACGCGGUAAACUUCGAUCUUCGGUCCCCAGAGCAACCCACGCGCAUUUUCAAGUUGAUGUGCUGCGAGGACAUGGCAGCUCCUCGCAAACCCUACGAUCCGGCCGAGGCGAUCGAGCCGCACGUCCUGGCCAAGCUGGACGCGGAGUUCGUCACGCGCUGGACGGAGUUGAUGAACAGCAUCCCGGACCCAACGCAUGAGGUUACCAUCGAAGAGAUCCGCGCCGAUCCAAGAGUGCUCGCUCCGCCAUGCGCAUUGGACACCAAAGGCCGCCCACGGACUGCCGAAAAUGAGGUCACGUCGGAGGACGGCGCCAAGAUACCGGUUCGUGUCUAUUACCCGGAUGAAUCAAAGCAUGGACCGGGCCCUUAUCCGGUGCAUCUCAAUUUCCAUGGGGGCGGGUUUGUGCUGGGAAACUUGUCCACCGAAUCGACGCUGUGCCUGAGUAUGUGCGAGGGCGCUGGUGUUGUCGUCGUCGAUGUCAACUAUCGCCAUUGUCCAGAGACAGUCUGGGGCAAAUGCUUCCAAGACGCCUGGGCAGCGCUGAAAUGGGUCCAAAAGGAAGCAGGAACGCUCAAUUCCAGGGCAGACUCGAUCUCCUUGGGCGGAAUCUCGGCCGGCGGACAUAUCAGCAUCGUCCUUCAGCAUCUCGCCCGCGACGCCGGCAUUUCCCUCAAGCUUGUCAUGGCUACCGUGCCGCCAUCAGUGGACGGCUUGUUUUACAAGUACUAUACCGACUCGCCUUACCCAUCAUUUCAUGAGUUCUAUCGCGGACCAAUCCUGGCGUUCGCGCGCAUAAAGUGGUUUGGCAACCUCGCCGUAUCGGAGGACAAGAAGGAGGAGCUCAAGAAGAUGUGGCCCGAAUGGUGGUUUGCGCCGCUCAGGGCGCCGAAUUUCAAGGGUCUCUGUCCCACACUUGUGCGGACAGCUGAGUGUGAUCCGUUGCGGGAUGAAGGCGAGGCAUACGCCAUGAAGCUUGUCGCUGGGGGGAACAAGGUCUCAAUGAAGAGAUACCUGGGCGCUCCUCACACAUUUAUGUACAUGGAUUUCAUGAAACAGAAGCAACAGUACGACCUGGACUCGAUUGAUGCAUUGAAGGAAGCACAUGGGAUUAAAUAG